UGGAGGCGAAGAAGAGAGAGUAAUAAGGAGAUUAGAGCGGGAGGAGGAGGAGACCGAGGAGAGGGAGGGUGGGAUAAAGGACAAGGAGGGAAGUUCUGGGUUUAGAAAAGGCGGGAGCAAAAGAGCGGGAGGAGAGAAAACAUUUGAAAGAGCGCGGGACCGUGAGAAGGCAGCGGAAGGGAGCACGAAGACGAAGCACCGUUCCUGUCAAACGUGAAGUUUGGGGAGAGAGAGAGAGUCCAAGAGAGAGUCCGAGAGAGAGAGAGAGAGAGAGAGAGAGAGAGAGAGAGAGAGAGAGAGAGAGAGAGAGUCCAAGAGAAGAGUCCGAGAGAGAGAGAGAGAGAGAGAGAGAGAGAGAGAGAGAGAGAGAGAGAGAGAUGAAUAAGUUUAAUUCUCGAGUACGUGAUUUCAAGAAAGAUAAAAGGAUAAAAGCAAGAGAGAAAAAACAGCAGUUGGCCUUGCAGGGUAAAGUUGUGAGUCAUGCAAAUGCACCCCCACCCGCUCCGAUGUCAGGGAAGCGAAAGCGAAAGAUGGAGAGGCAAUGGCGAAAGGCUCAAAAGGAGGCUUUGGAGAGUGGCCUGGUGACGCUACAAGACAUUGAGAUGAUUGCUGCAGAUCCCUUGGGCAGCGAAGCGAAGACAGAGAAGACAGCAGGGCAAGCUACCAGUAGCCAGCAGCAGCUGAAGCCCAAAAAGAAGAAAGGCUUUGCUCUGCGCAAAAAGAUGAGGGUCCGUGUGGCAGCCUCGACUCUGAAGAAAGGUGGGAAGAACAUGAUGAUGGCUGAUGCGUUGGGUGGAGAGGCUCCUCCCGAAAGCGACAAAAUGAUGGAAUAGAAGGGGUGCACAUCGAAUGAACAGGGCAGCAGGUUCCCAUGGGGCGGGGGCGCUUUGUGGAACUCUCAGGGGCCUUUCUGGCCGUCGAUCAUCGAUAUCGUGUUCGCCUGCGAUGCCUACCUGGUAGUGGGUGGUUAGUGAGCUAGACAGAAAGGAAUUUUGUUUGUGCGGAAUUUCGUCAUCCGACAUUCAGUUAGCGUGAAGUUGUUUGUUUGUGUUGUCGUCUCCUUCAGUAGUGAUGCCAUCUGUACAAGAUUGAAGUUGCAAAAAAAGUGUCUGUAAACGUAAUAGGCGUGAUUUAUUUGAUUCGACAUUGGGAAGAAGAGGAGAAUUUGCGAAGCUUGAAAGAAAAAAAAGAAACAAAAUGGAGAAAUUCUUCUUCUCAGCGCCUUUGGAGCAGUCCUCACCAUAGUCGUUUGUGAGCAGCUGGUUGGGCACAUAUGCUGCUAUUUGGCAGAGAGAGAGGGAGGAGACAGAGGGAGGGAGAGGAACUGUGUCACCAUGGGUCUUUGAGAUCGUGGCAUGAUGGUGUCCAGCUCGUUGGAAAGAGGUGGAGAAUGGGGAAGGAAGAGAGAGAGAGAGAGAGAGAGAGAGAGAGAGAGAGAGAGAGAGAGAGAGAGAGAGAGAGAGAGAUGAUGGUGUCCAGCUCGUUGGAAAGAGGUGGAGAAUGGGGAAGAGAGAGAGAGAGAGAGAGAGAGAGAGAGAGAGAGAGAGAGAGAGAGAGAGUGGUUGUCUUUCUACACAGAUUCAAGGCAGUCGUGGCAUGACCACAUGGCGAUGGAAUAAUUUAGUGGCCAUCUGGUUUCGCUUCCGUUUUUGCAUUGGCCUGGAAUAAUCGGCAUGUGGCUGCAGUUUGUGUUGGAGGCGGCAACGAGCGGAGAAAGGGUGGUGGUGACUGUGGGAGGUAACUGCGAGGCAAGGGUGAUGUAAAUUCCCUAUAUUUUGCAUCUCUGUGUCUCGGAGGCAAAUGUGUCAAUUGACAAGAUUGACCGAAGUUUUUCAUUCCCAAUUUCGGUUUGUUUCUGUUUCGCCUUUCUUUGUUUUGCACACGUUGUUCUCUUUGCGCUUUCUGCAGCCUGUUGUGACGUUGUCAACAUUCUGUGAAUAUGCACUGACUGGUUAAGGAAGCUGAUUGUCAUCUUGACCAUUGGGAGACCAGUGGGACGAAGAAGGGGAGAGAGAGAGAGAGAGAGAGAGAGAGAGAGAGAGAGAGAGAGAGAGAGAGAGAGAGAGAGAGGNGAGAGAGAGAGAGAGAGAGAGAGAGAGAGAGAGAGAGAGAGGUUAGUGAAGCUGAUUGUCAUCUCGACCAUCUGCAGUUGUGUGUGUGUGUGUGUGUGUGCGUGUGUGUGUGUGUGUGUGAGAGAGAGAGAGAGAGAUUCGGGAAGCUGAUUGUUAUCUCGACCAUUGCGAGACCAGUGGGAGGAAGAAGGAGAUGGAGGGCUGUUUGUGUGUGUGUGUGUGUGUGUGUGAGAGAGAGAGAGAGAGAGAGAGAGAGAGAGAGAGAGAGAGAGAGAGAGAGAGAGAGAGAGGCGUCGUCCAUUUGUUUUCCUUUCGGUUUCAAAAGGGCAACAAAGAGCGAAUAUGAACUGGAGCAGGAGGUUCUCGUGGAGUGAGUAUAUGCAUGAGAAGUGGUGAAUCGGAACUAACUCGGGUGUCUGGAGUGUCAACGGUGUGUGGAAGGGAGAAGAGAGGUGAAGAGAGGUGAAGAGAGGUGAAGAGAGGUGAAGAGAGGUGAAGAGAGGUGAAGAGAGGUGAAGAGAGGUGAAGAGAGGUGGUCAGCGAAGUAGCAAGAAGAGUAGCAGCUAGAAGACUGGUAGCAAGGAAGAGUGUAGAGCUUGAGCAUCCACAGAAUUGGGUGUGUGAGUGUUUUUCAUCAUCUCAGUACGGAGUCUUACGAUGUGUGGAUAUAAAUGCACGAUGUAUCUGACUGGAGACCUGCUUUCUGUGCAUUCUCCCCCAAGUGGAAUAAGCAUGGCCAUCUUGGC